GCGGCUAUUUAGUGAACAAUUCAGCGACUGGAUUAAUAAUCUGCAUACUCAUUUUCUCAGACGACAGAGGGAAGGAACGUCGUAUGAGUAUUAGGACUUUUUCAUUUUGUCUUGUUUAUUUCUUAGUUGGUGUGGACGUGCCCUUCGCCCCCAUAUUUACGGACUGCUGCGCCAUUGAAGUCGUUCGUGCAUGUCUUCUAUAGCUUUCAGAUUUUGUGAGAACUCUGCGUGAGACGACCAACAGAAAUUUAUCGAUAAAUUUUCUUUUUUGUAGAAAAAGUUUUCAUUUCGAAUGCUCUUGGGAAACUAGCCACAAAGUUGCGUUGUGCACUGGAGUUGGAUUGUAUCCGCCGCUUGUAGCUUAGGUUUCGGUACAGCCUUGUCGAAUUUGGUAGUCUAGCCAUCUAGCUGAGUAACACUUUAUUGUUGUCACAUUAACUUUUUAAAGUUUGAACAUAUUUUUAAGUCGUAGCGUUUACUGGGUUGUAGGCGGACGUAAUUUCUCAGCACAGCUACUUGUGAUUCGUUGAUGUAAUCGACAUUGGCUCAGAAGUCAGUCAGUCAAAAAAAUGAACUUAGCUUCUCUUUUAGCUAGCAAGUGUAAACUAGCGAGACACGCAUAGAAGUGUUUAAACUCGGUGUCGAGGUCGUUUAAUAGUCACAUGCUUCUAAGAAAGUAGAAAAAGUUUUUUUGGUCGUUCUCUGCCUUAUGACAGGUUAUCUCACUAAUAUGUCAGGCGAGGUUCUCUCAAGAGGGGCGUUUUCCGUUGUCGUCAAGUUCGCAGUAGUGUAGUUUUCUAGUCUACUCACUCACUGAUUUCUAGUCUGCUGGCUAGCGAUUUAGGAUACUUUUUGCAACGCUCUGCGGUUUAUUACAAGAUAACGUAUGCUAUCUUGUAAGAAGUGUUGCUGAUACCUGUUUAUCCUUGGCUUGGCAUGCUGUUUUUGUACGAUAUUUGGAGUAAACAUUUGCAACGUAAUAUAAACGCUGCCAUCUGAUUAUACUUAUUCUUCUUGAGUAAAGGAAGAGCUUUUAGCACGGCGGUCUAACAGUUCAGAUCAUGCGGGGCAGUAAAUAAGGAGUUGUGAACAGCGAUUGAGAAGCCCCGUACUGUACAGUUCCACGCAGUGACAUUGCCAGACGCACGUCUGUCUAGAAAUGAAAUAUUCUUCAAAAUUCUGAAUUGUAAUACAGGAUUAAGACAUGGAUCGAGGACUGAAACGCAGCAAUAAUCAGGAGGACAGCUUUACUUUUGGUGACCAUGCUGAUACAGUGGGAGAGAGAGGCUUUCUGAGUGACAUUGGUAUUUCUGCCACCUCAACAAAUGGACUGAGCGUGAGUAACGCCCAGAGAGAGCUUUCUAUACCAGGGCACAACUCAACUGGACAUGGCCCUCAACAAGCAGAUGUGAAGGUGUUUGGUAAACCUUUGAGGAUUCAGCACCAACAAAAGCAGAUGGAUACUCUGGGUGGUAUUCCUCUCAAAGAGAACUUCUCUCUCCUGGACGCGAGCAUUGCGGACUUGAAUCGCGCCAAUGCGGCGAUGAGCUCAGGAAUCGAAACCCCUGAAACGUUCACGUUGAAAACUGAGGAAUUCUCACCCUUGGAUGAUAAAGACAGGCCCACAUAUUGCCACUUUGGACAACCAGAGAAGGACGAAAGGAUCUUAGGAGACACCUCACUGGAUAUCCUGCAAGACCUGGACUUACCAGGUUCCCUGACAGACCUGAACGAGUUUUACGUGGCUGAUGAGACCGCCUUUCUCUCCUCCCUCGCCGUGGACGACGCUUUGCUUGGUGAUAGUAACGUGAUGAAGGACAACAAGCCUGCCAUCAGCGCCAACAACGGCGGAAUACUCGGCGCGAACGUGAAUGGGACGGGACAGCAGCAGCAGCAACAACAAAUGAUGGAGCCUGGACCGUCCAUGCCCGUCAUUAAGACGGAGAAAGACGCUGACUUUAUCCAGCUCUCCACGCCAGGUGUCAUCAAGCAGGAGGGGGAGAGGAGGAGCUACUGUCAGCUGACUGGGCUCUCUAGCUCCCACGGCGCUCCCAUGUCCGUCGGGGGCAUGGGUGGGCCGAGCUAUCACUACGGGUCUAACUCCCCCUCAGCCAUCAGCAUGUCCCCGGAUCAAAAGCCUGUGUUUGGGCUCUAUCCACCACCACCCCCUCUGGAUGAGGGAUGGAACAGGGGCAGUGGGUUUGGGGACUCUAUGGGAAUGCAGAGGGCUAGCGAGACAGUGUCUGCUAUACCCCCUUUCAGCUACAGCGGAGCGUCGCUCCGGCCCGAGGCCGGUACCUCCAGCGGUUCCAUGGGCUCAGCCAAGCCUAACGCUCCCGCGCACAAAAUCUGCCUGGUGUGCUCCGACGAGGCCUCGGGGUGUCACUACGGGGUGCUCACCUGUGGCAGCUGCAAGGUCUUCUUCAAGCGUGCUGUGGAAGGAUGGAGAGCUCGACAAAGCACCGAUGGCCAACACAACUAUCUGUGCGCCGGGAGAAACGACUGUAUUAUCGAUAAGAUCAGGAGGAAGAACUGCCCUGCCUGCCGCUUCCAGAAAUGUCUCCAAGCGGGCAUGAACCUGGAAGCGAGGAAAAACAAAAAGUUGGGCAGAAUGAGGGGCCAGCAGGUCUCCGUGGAAACCACCCCUCCGAUCCCAGAGAACCGGGUGUGUUCGCUGGUGCCCAAGACCAUGCCCCAGCUGGUACCCACCAUGCUGUCCUUACUCAAGGCCAUCGAGCCCGAGAUCGUCUACGCCGGUUACGACAGCACCAUCCCCGACACCUCCACCCGCCUCCUGACCACGCUGAACCGCCUGGGUGGCCGACAGGUCAUCUCCGCCGUCAAGUGGGCCAAAGCCCUGCCAGGCUUCAGAAACCUGCACCUGGACGAUCAGAUGACUCUUCUGCAGUGCUCUUGGCUCUUCCUCAUGUCCUUCAGCCUGGGAUGGCGUUCCUACCAGCAAUGCAACGGAGGCAUGCUCUGCUUCGCUCCGGAUCUCGUCAUCAACGAGGACCGGAUGAAGCUGCCGUACAUGAACGAGCAGUGUAAGCAGAUGCUGAAAAUCUCCAACGAGUUGGUCAGGUUACAGGUGUCGUAUGAAGAGUAUCUCUGCAUGAAGGUGCUACUGCUUCUCAGCACAGUACCAAAGGAUGGGCUGAAGAGCCAGGCAGUGUUUGACGAGAUCCGCAUGUCCUACAUCAAAGAGCUGGGCAAAGCCAUCGUGAAACGGGAAGAGAACUCCAGCCAAAACUGGCAGAGAUUCUACCAGCUCACAAAGCUCCUCGACUCUAUGCAGGAGAUGGUGGAGGAGUUGCUCAACUUCUGCUUCUACACGUUUGUGAACAAGUCUCUGAGCGUGGAGUUUCCCGAAAUGCUGGCCGAGAUCAUUAGCAACCAGUUACCAAAAAUCAAAGACGGGACCGUCAGACCCCUCCUGUUCCACCAGAAGUGACUGCCUUAGACAGCCACGAAAUGCCUUAAAAUGCCGCCCGACCCCUGACCCCCCCCCCCCUUUGACCCUUAACCCUUAACCCUGACGGAGCCAACUUCUGCCCCUGCCCGUGCAGAGGUCAACCUGCCAUGUGGGAGUAAUGGGAAGGUGAGGCGUUUGUAAGUGGGAUUUGAGGUGAAGCGAUGGAGUGAGAAGGGAGGAGAGAAAGACAGAGAGAGAGAGAGAAGGAAAGACAGGAUGACUGGUGGACAGGAUAAGCUCACAUUCAAACCCUUUAGUCCAAUGAAAGCCUAUCCUAGCACCUCGAUUGUUGUGUUCAAAUCAGAACGAGUCGAGAAUGGAUUGUUCUGGGUUCUUCUUCUUCUUCUUCUCCUUCUUCUUCUUGGUUUUUUUUUCUGUUUGUUUUUGCAUGUACACUGCUGAGAUGUUUACAGAGGUAUAUUGGAAAAGGGAAAAUGUGCCUUUUUGUUUAUGUUUUUUUUUUUUUUUUAAGCUUGUGUUUUAUUAUCUCAGUCACUUCUCUGUCCAGUACAGCUACGCAGUGCACAUUCAGUUGAGUUUGUUUUCUUCUUGUUGUUGUUUUGUGAUUGUGUGCAUGUGUUUGUUCUGGCUCUUUCUGCGCCCUGUUUCCCAGUCUAGAAACAAUCACAUCUUAUUAUUUGGUUUUUUUUUCCCCCUGUUGUUGGCAACUCAGCGAUCUUGAAGAGGGGAGCUUGAAAAUCAGUCCUAUGUUCCGGAAGCUUCAGGAUGAGACUAAGGCCUGAGUUUUGUUUUUCAGGCCUUAGCUGAGCUCAGCUCUCAAAUCACAGGUUUUUGUUCUUGUUUUUGUAAACUGAUUUAAGUGUCUAUUCCUGCCCACAUAACGGGGAAAAAAUAUAUUUUUCCUUUAUAUCUGAUUUUUUUCUUUUUCUUUUUUUAAUGUUUAGAUGAUUCAGUGAUUUUGUACAUGUUCAGAAGCAAGUUAUGAAGGGGAGCUGUCUCCCCUGGACACAUAUCAGUCUAACAUUAGCAUGUAAGGAAUAAUGACUUAGUGUGUUACUCAGCUGAGGGGAAUUUAGAGGACGCCGGGUUUUUUUUUUUUUUUCUUCUUUUACGGUUUUUGUUCUUCAGCCGUCCACUCGCGUGAAGGCUUUGAAGUGGUCCUGUCCUGUACUCUGUUGGUGUUGGGUGUGCCUCACAUGCCCAAUGCUUGGCACCAUUCCACAGGCUGGGAACAGAUCACAUAUUACGUCCCAACGAAAGGCCUUGCCGCGGCCAUCCUCCGACGGAUCGUGACUACGUCCGUGUGUGUCGGUGGGCACCUUUUUUUUUUUUUUUAAAGAAAACGUGCGUUGAAAGUCUUCUUGUGUUUUGACUGGAUUCAACCCCACGCGUGGCGCCAACUAAGCAAAUUUACCAUCGCGCGGUAAAUGCUGAAUGACAACAGUGUUUGUUUGGGGUUUUUUUUUUUUUUUGCUUGUUUGUUUAUUUUGUUUUUUCUCUUUCUGUUCUAGUGUUCACAUGCUGAAUGUGUUGUAGAAACUGACAUACAUGGCUAUUCUAUGCUCCAGGGUGUGUGUGUUUGUGUGUGUAUGACACAAAAAGUAGUGUUUUAUUUGUCAAACUGCACCAAGCUUAGUGAAUACAGUCUAUUGCUACAUAAAACACAUAGUUUAUAAGCCUUUUAAUAACUGUUUUUGUCCAUAUUUUGAUAUGCACGUUCAUAAAGCUCGAAGUAUUUUAUGCUGUUUUCAGUGUGAUCUGCACAUUUCCUUUUAGACAAAGAAAAAAAAAAAAAGGAAAAAAGAAAAGAAAAGAUUGCACCCUGACGUGUCUAUCUUUUUGUUUGUUAAAAAGAACUCACCAGCUAAAAGCCAUUGGUAAGCCAAAUCAAGAGAACAGAGAACCAUGAGUGCAUCUGAUGAUACAACUCUCUGCUUAUGUGUACAACGACAGUGUUGACGUCAAAACCGCCUCCAAAGCAUGUCCCCCCCGCCCCACCAAAUUCAUAGUUAAAUGUCACUUUUUGAAAAGCCUUCUUUGGUCGUAUGCUUUGAUUGGAUAUGUUUAUGACAGAUCCUCGGUUGCAGUGCGCGUUGCGUUUGCAUUGGCAGGUGAAGACGGGACGCUGUUGUAACUGGUGUCAUUUGUAUGUGGUCAAAGCCAAGGCGCUCCGGCUGACACAGUGCCUCAUGGUUUUCAACCAGGAGAAGGGGCAGGAUUUCAUCACUUACUUUCACAUACAGUGUUAACCCCCCGAUUUCUGUUUGUUUCCUCAUUCAAAUCAGCCCUCUAAAGAUCAUGAAAUUCACUCCUAUAUAUACAUAUAAAUAUACAUAUAUAUAUAUAGAGAGAGAGAGAGAGAGAGAGAGAGAAAUAUAUCUCACACAUAUUCUUCAGUACUUGAGCAGAGUGUUAAGGCAGGGGUUUAAAUAUGAAAACAAUAGACUAUAUUUUGUGACAGAUUAUUUUUACAAGGACAAACGGUGUCAGUGAUAUGUGAGAUGCUUUUUUUUUUGUUUUGUUUUGUUUUGUUUUUAUAACUGUUUCACAGUAGGCCUUCUUAAAGGGAGACAGAGAGCCAUAAGAAAAAAUAAAAAUAACAAAAAAAAAAUAUAUCACGUGUAAAUUCAGGAAGCAGAAAAAACCAUGGAUGUUUCACGAAAAAAUCCCUAACCAUUUUGUGAGAAAUUGAAAAAAAAAGAAAAAAUUGAAGUAUAUUAUAUGGAUCCUCUUUGAUAUCAUUCAUUUUACUUAAA